AUGGUGAACGAUGCUGCUUUGGAGCCGACCAGGAUAAAUCUUGAGGUGGGGAACGUGUCAUUCACAGGGACUGUCAUCUCCUGGUCUCCAUCCAAACUGUGACUGGCAGAUUUCUACCACGUGGCCUACAGUCCUUCUUGAAAGAGCAUCUUCUUGAGAUUCCUGCACUUCAGCUUCCAGGACAAGAAGGUGCCUCGUACCAUCCGCUCUCUGCUGCUGCAGCAUCUGGUACCAGCCACACUCUACUUCCUGUGAGUCAGCUGUCAGUGGGCAGCUGUCCACUUGGGCCACCACUGCACUAUGUUCCAUAUCCUGUAUAAGACACCACUGGUACCCAGGAGCACCCUGGUGGAGUCCGAGCUCUCGCUCUGGGUGCUCAUGGCCAUCCUAUUGGCCUGCUUCAUUGCCGUCUUGGCCUUCAUUUGCCUGCAGUUCUGGUGCAUCCGCUGCCACGAGCCACGCUGGUCCUACCGGGCUGGCCACAGGGAGGAAGCUAAUGGGCUGGUACAGUUGCCUGAGGAGGUGCCAGCGCUGGAUCAGCAGGAGGAGGAGCCACAGGGUCUGCCCUUGGUGGAGAUGGGUCCCACAGUGGCAGCCAAGGCAGAGGAAGAAACUGGGGUGGACCAAGAGGCUUCCAAUGCAGAAGCCUUAGCAAGUGAAGAGUGAGGGCCAUUGGCCAUUUUGUUUCAUUUGGGCUAGUGAUAAAGGGGUAGAAGGGGGACCUGG